UAAACCCAAACUUUCCUCUAUAGUUUCUCGUCGCAAAAACUAGAUUCCUACAGUAUAUUUGCUCACAAACUCUAAACUAUGGGGUUUACUAGUAUUAAUGUGUCUGUUAUCACUUUGAGUUAUUUUCUUAUGUUGUUUGUAACUCUCACCAGCAUCCUGAAUCCCAUCUUUGCUUCGAGAAUCUGCGAGUUUCCAGCAAUAUUUAACUUGGGCGACUCAAACUCUGAUACUGGCACACUGUCAGCUGCCUUCACUGCCCUUAACUCUCCCAAUGGAGACACUUACUUUCACAUGCCCGCGGGAAGGUUCUCAGAUGGAAGGCUGAUCAUAGAUUUCAUUGCAAAGAGUUUCAAUCUACCAUAUCUCAGUGCUUAUCUUAAUUCUCUGGGCGCCAGCUACACACAUGGAGCGAAUUUUGCCUCAGCAAGAGCCACCAUCAGAUUUCCGUCUCCAAUUAUACCUGCUAGUGGUGGAUAUAGUCCAUUCUACCUUGAUGUGCAAUAUCAGCAAUUUAUGCAAUUUAAAGACAGAUCACAGAUCAUUAGGAAACAAGGAGGAAAGUUUGCCAAGUUGAUGCCUAAGGAGGACUAUUUCCGAAAAGCACUAUACACAUUUGACAUUGGUCAAAAUGAUCUUGGAGCUGGAUUUUUCAGCAACAUGUCCAUUGAGGAAGUGAAAGCAACUGUCCCUGAUAUUGUCAACAGGUUUUCGAUAUAUGUUAAGAAUAUAUACGAAGUGGGAGGCAGAUCGUUUUGGAUUCAUAGCACAGGACCAAUUGGUUGUCUUGCUUACAUCCUGACCGGCUUCCCUUCAGCAGAGAAGGACGGUGCUGGCUGUGCAAAGCAGCACAAUGAAGUGGCUCGGUAUUUUAAUUACAAAUUGAAGGAGGCUGUUCUUCAAUUAAGGAAAGAUUUUCCUUCAGCUGCAUUCACAUACGUGGACGUGUAUUCUGUGAAAUAUUUUUUAUUCAUUGAACCCAAGAAAUAUGGAUUUGAGCUUCCACUUAUAACCUGCUGUGGCUAUGGAGGCAAGUACAACUACAGUGAUGCUGCAGGAUGUGGAGAAACAAUUACAGUAAAUAAUGCCAAAGUGGUUGUCGGUUCAUGUGACAACCCCUCUGUUCGAGUAGAUUGGGACGGAGUCCACUAUACCGAGGCUGCUAGCAAGUUUGUUUUCGAUCGAAUUUCGACAGGAGCCUUCUCUGAUCCGCCAAUUCCCUUAAACAUGGCAUGCCACAGGAAUGUAUAAUUUCUGUGCUUUCAAUAUCAUUCUAAAAUGUACAAAUCGCAACAAAAUGCCUCCCUCUCUAUCCAUUCCUUGGAUCUUAAGGGUGAACAAAAAACUGUUGAUCUCAUAUAUCAUCUCUCCUCGGGAGAGAAAAACAUGAGAUGUUCCAAACUAGCUCCAAUAAUAACUCCUCCCCUACUUUUCAAUGUAAAUGGAAUCUAUGUAACAUAUAUAUUCUGUAUUUUUAAUAAAGCUCGACAGAAAAAUAUUUCAGCC